GGUAGUAGCAUUUCCAGAAACUUCUCUCCCAUUCAUUCCAGGAUACUGGCUAGAAUUAAACAAAACCAAUUAUUAGUAGCUGGUAGUAGUAUUUUUUAUUUUCAUUAAGAGAUAGACUAGGCAUGGCAAUUCCUCUUCCUCUUCCUCUUCCUCUUCCUCUUCCUCUUGGUGCCACCACACCACUCCUGAAUCAUCAUCAUCAUCAUCAAGUCGCCGUGCCAGUGCGGCGGCGUCGUCAUGCUGUACGAAACGACAGUAUGAGCUUAGUUGCAGCAGCUCCAACAACACUAGUGUUUCAGCCACAAUUCGAUUCUGCUGUCUACAAUUACAAGAAGAAGCCAAUCAUCAACGCUGCCUUCCCAUCAUCAUCCGCUCUUACUCGAACUAAAAGGCUUCACAUUAUUGUUCCCCGCGCUGUAUCCGCUUCUCCUGGAGCUGAAUCUUCUGAGGUGACGUCCGAAAACUUGUUAGACGGCGUGCAAGUCUUUGACUUGAAUGGAAGUAAGGUUGCCAUUUCUGAGCUGUGGAGAGACAGGAAAGCUGUCGUUGCAUUUGCUCGCCAUUUUGGCUGUGUGCUUUGUCGCAGAAGGGCUGGUUAUCUUGCUUCUCACAAGGAGAAAAUGGAUGCAGCUGGUGUGGCACCGGCUUUAAUUGGACCGGGUAGUGUGGAUCAGGCAAGGGCAUUUGCUGAGCAAACAAAAUUCAGAGGAGAAGUAUACGCAGAUCCCAGCCACUCAUCAUACGAGGCACUCAGAUUUGUUUCUGGUGUUUCAACAACAUUUACUCCUGGGGCUGGCCUGAAAAUAAUACAAGCGUACAUGGAAGGUUAUCGACAAGAUUGGGGGCUUUCCUUUGAGAAGGAAACUAGGACAAGAGGUGGCUGGCAGCAAGGUGGGAUCAUAGUUGCAGGUCCUGGUAAACAUAAUAUAUCGUACAUCCACAAGGACAAAGAAGCCGGAGAUGAUCCAGAUAUAGAGGACGUCUUGAGAGCAUGUUGUCCGUAAUUAGCGAAUUGAAGUCUUUCUCCACCCUCCAAAGCAAUAUUAUUUGUUACAUCUCUUAAUCUUCUAAAUUCACAGAGUUUAUCGAGGGUAAUCUCUUGUUUUAUACGUCAUUAUACCACAUAAUAUUUGGGUUUCAAGGUAUAAAUCCAUAGGUACCGGGCCUUUCAUUUCCCACCGAUUUAGACCAGA